AGAAAAACAAAAACAAAACUUACUCUUCUUGGAUCUGGAAUGGUAGCAACUCAAACUCUCAAAGUGAUUUCUGUGUUCUGCAAAUCAACCCAUAGUUCUUUCUAAGAUCAGGUUGUGCCGUGCAAGGUUCAACAAACAGACUCUGCUUGGCUAUGGAGUAUUAGCAACUCAAAGUGAAUUCUGUAUUCUGCAAAUCAACCCAUAAUUCAUUCUAAGAUCAGGCUGUGCCGUGCAAGGUUAACAGACAGACAGACUGCCUUGCUGCCCCCAGUAGGCCAAUAGUAGAAAGAAGAAACAACCAGAUUGCAUCCGGUUGGCUUCCCCGACUGUGUGAAGAUAAAGCAUAGCCUAACAUGGCAGAAGCAGUUGUUUCCUUCCUUCUGGACAGGCUUGCCGAUGUACUUGAUCAGUUUGAGUUCAAGAUAAAUGUUCGCAGAGAAGUUAUGCAUUUGCAAGAUGAACUGAAACGCAUGCGGUGCUUCCUUAAAGAUGCUGAUGCAAAGCAAGAUGAUGAUGAGAGAGUUCGUAACUGGGUGUCUGAGAUCAGAAAUGUCGCUUACGAUGCUGAAGAUCUCAUUGACUCAUUUAUUCUCAAAAUUGAUUCCCUGAAGAAGAAGAACUUCGUCAAAAGGUAUGCUUCCUUUCAUAAAGAACUAAGAGAUCGCUCCAAGAUAGCAGAUGAUCUCGAGGCACUUCGUUUGAGAGUCCAACACAUUUCUGCCAGUCGUGAAACAUAUGGAAUCAGAAACAUUGGAGAGGGAAUCAGCCAAGCAAGCGAGACGCUGCGGAAGCUGAGAACAUCAUCUCCCCGCGGUGAGGACAUGGAUAUUGUCGGCCUGGACGAUGAUAUAGCUACGGUGGUGGCUCGACUAGUAGGAGAAAGCAGUUGGCAUGCAAUUUCAAUCGUUGGAAUGGGUGGUAUUGGCAAGACCACUCUCGCUAGAAAAAUAUAUAAUCAUGCGGACAUUGGAACUUAUUUUCCAUCCCGUGCUUGGAUUUAUGUGUCCCAGCAGUUCAAUGCUAGAGGUAUAUUGGCGGCAAUUAUAAAACAAAUUGCAUCCCCAAGGGAAAAGCUGGAAUUGCUGGGGGAUGAGGAGUUGGAGGAAAUGCUCAUCGAACAUUUAAGAAGGAGACGGUACCUGGUAGUUCUGGAUGAUAUAUGGACAACAACUGCUUGGGAUCACCUUGCAAAGGCUUUCCCUCGCAAGAGUAAUGGAAGCAGAUUGUUGCUCACCACACGCAACAGAAACGUCGCUCUGCAUGCUGAUGCUCAAACUGUUCCCUACAAUUUGAACUUCUUAAAUAAAGAGAACAGCUGGGAGUUGUUCUGCAAGAAAGCAUUCACAAGUACAAGUUGCCCUCCGCAACUGGAGGAGACUGGAGAAGAGAUCGUGGAAAAAUGUGGUGGUUUACCACUAGCCAUUAUUGUAGUUGGAGGCCUGCUUUCAAGAAAAAAGAAGUUUGUUGAAUGGGAGAGGGUUCUGGAAAAUAUGCACACGCACUUCGCCAGAGAUCCAAACGGAGUGACAGCAAUACUAGCUUUAAGCUACAAUGACUUGCCAUACUAUUUAAAGGCUUGCUUCCUUCAUUUAGGCCUGUUCCCAGAAGACCACUUCAUUUCCACACACAAAUUGUUCCGGCUGUGGAUUGCAGAGGGGUUGAUUCAACAUCAAGACGAAAGGAUGGAAGACAUAGCAGAGGAUUAUUUGAAUGAGCUAAUUGGCAGAAAUAUGGUUCAAGUGGCAAGAAUGAGCAUCAAUGACAGGGUCAAAUACUGCCGUUUGCAUGAUCUACUUCGAGAGAGUGCCAUCUCAAAAGCGAAAACAGAGAACUUUCUCGAGGUUGAUGAAAUUCAGAGAAUCACGCCUUCAGCUACAUCUCGUCGUCAAGCUAUUUAUUCAGCUGUCGACGAGAUAUCCAUAGGACGAUUAUCCAAACACCUGCGUUCCCUCCUCCUUUUUAUCAUAAAUGUUCGCAGGCAGAGUACUUAUCGAUUUCAUAAUCCUUAUAGAUCAGUUACUGAUAUAGAUUAUAUCACUAGAAGUUUCAAACUGCUUCGAGUUCUAGAGUUGGAGGGUAUAACAUGUGGCAGCAUUCCAAGCACAAUUGGAGGACUGAUUCAUCUGAAAUACUUGGGAUUGAGGCAGACCAACUUGCAAUCUCUUCCACCAGACAUCGGCUCAUUAACUAACCUGCAGACUCUUGAUAUAGCAGCAAAUCUUCAUCUCAUGAUAGUACCUAAUGUGAUAUGGAAGAUGAAAAACUUGCGACAUCUAUGUAUGUGUGGCAACAAGUACGGUGGGUGUCUACAAAUUGACACCCUUCAGAAUCUCCAGACUCUAUCAGAGAUACACCUUGACAGAUGGAAGCAAAACAAUUCAUCAAAUUUAACUAGUCUUCGAAAACUGGGACUAAGAGGUAACUUCAAUACAGACACCACUGCAAUAUUCAACUCAAUUGUGGAACUCAUACAACUUCAGUCCUUGUACCUGCGUGCUGAAGAUGCAGAGUUCCCACCACUAACACAGCUUUCUUCGCUUCGUCGUCUCGUGAAGUUGCAUUUAAGAGGGGAGAUUACACACUUUCCAAGCCUACAAGAGUUCCCUCCAAAUUUCUCCCAAUUAACACUCGAGCACACCAGUCUUAGCCAAGGUUCAAUUGAGAUACUCGAGAAGCUGCCAAAACUAGAGGUCCUGAGACUGAAAGCAAGGUCUUACAAUGGAGAAACGUUGGCCAUAUCUGCUAAUGGUUUCCCCCAGCUUGAGGUCCUGGAGCUGGACUCCUUGGAAUCGUUGCAGGAGUGGAGUGUUGAAGCAGGCGCAAUGCCAAGGCUUAUAAGAUUACGAAUUUUCAACUGCAAGGGGUUAAAGAUGUUUCCAGAAGAAAUGAAACUUCUCACUGCUCUACAUGAGUUAGAGAUCAAGGAGAUGCCGAAAGUGUUUGUAGACAGGGUUCGAGGGGGAGAUUUUCAUAAAGUCCAGCACAUUCCUGCUAUCAUUUAUAUAUAGUUUGUUUAUCUACGACAAUGGCAGCUAUCAGAAUCUCAGCUCUACAUUUUGAUACUAUUUAUAUAGCAUGCUUUAUCAAGGUAAUCUCCCUUUCUUUCUCAA